CUCUCAUUCACUCUUUCCUUUCUGUUGAUCAGAUCAGACCUUCAGUCAUUCUUUCUUUCACUCCGAUUUCUGUUGAUCAGAAUAAAAAACUAAUCCACCAUGCGUUUCGAUCUCCUCACCCUGGCCGCUCUCGGCUCCCUCGCCGUUGCGGCCCCUGCCCCCCACGAUGUUGCUGAGAGAGAUCUCGUCGAGAGAUCCUCCUGCACCUUCACCGAUGCUGCCUCCGCCAAGGCCGGUGUCAAGAAGUGCUCCAGCUCGAUCCUCAAGAACAUCAAGGUCCCCGCCGGCCAGACCCUUGAUCUGUCCGGUGCCAAGAAGGGCUCCACCGUCACCUUCGAGGGCACCACCACCUUCGGCUACAAGGAGUGGAAGGGCCCCCUCAUCCGCCUCGGCGGUGAGGGCGUCACUUUCACUGCUGCCUCGGGCGCCGUGAUCGACGCCCAGGGUGAGCGCUGGUGGGACAGCAAGGGCACGAACGGCGGCAAGACCAAGCCCAAGUUCAUGUACGCGCACAAGCUGCAGAGCUCGUACGUCAAGAACCUGCACAUCAAGAACACGCCGGUGCAGGCGAUUUCGGUGCAGGGCAACGACGUGCACAUCGAGGGCGUGACCAUCGACAACUCGGCCGGCGACAGCAAGGGCGGCCACAACACCGACGCCUUCGACAUCAGCGAGUCCAACGGCGUCUACAUCAGCGGCGCCAAGGUCUACAACCAGGACGACUGCCUGGCCAUCAACUCCGGCGAGAACAUCUACUUCGACAGCGGCUACUGCUCCGGCGGCCACGGCCUGUCGAUCGGCUCCGUCGGCGGCCGCGACAACAACGUCGUCAAGGGCGUGCACAUCACCAACAGCCACGUCGUCAACUCCGACAACGGCGUCCGCAUCAAGACCAUCUACAAGAAGACCGGCUCCGUCACCGACAUCACCUACGACAACAUCCAGCUCGAGAACAUUGCCAAGUACGGCAUCGUCAUCGAGCAGGACUACGAGAACGGUUCUCCUACCGGCACCCCCUCCAACAGCAUCCCCAUUAAGGAUGUCACCAUCAACAAGGUCACCGGCUCCGUCAAGAGCUCCGCCCAGCCUGUCUACAUCCUGUGCGGUUCCGGCUCCUGCGCUGACUGGACCUGGAAGGGCGUUGAUAUCUCCGGUGGUAAGGACAAGAAGUCUUGCAAGAACGUCCCCAGCGGCGCUUCUUGCUAGAUUCUUACCAUGGUUAAUUGCUGUGGUUUUUGUGCGGGUGCAGGUGAUGGGGCUUAAGGGGGGGCAAGGUAUAAUCUGCUUUGGUGGAGUGUA